GGCACACACGAAACAGCUCCAAUUAAGUUGCUUCUCCCGAAAGCAUCGUCAUCAUCAUCAUCGUUCGGUCUGUUCCGAACUUCCGAACUGAGUUGCAACAAGUGGCAGUUGCUUUGCUGCAACGCAAACCUUGUCCAUCCCUGAUGCACCGGGGAUGGCUGUCUGAUCGUUGGGGUUGUUGUAAUUGAGGCAGCGUACUACGACGGAUGUACGCUUGCACCGCACGCUUCUUCUUAUUUUCACUGCGUGUCAGUAGUGUGCGAUGCGAAGAUGGAUGUGUUUUGUUGUUGUUUGAUAAUUUGAUGUUUGCUGAGUUUUUGAGAAGCUGACCAGAACAAAAGCUUGUUUGGCCUGAAGGAAGCAUCGGCCACAAUUAAUCUGCAUUAACUCAUUCGUUGCCUUUGAAAUGUUAACAAAAGCCAUGCAGAAAGACAUCUGAGCGGCACAAGAUGUUGUUUCCCAUUUUUCUGGUUAAUGUUUGAGGAAUGGAUUGCGCAUCACUUCCGUUGCUGGUGCGGAUGAUUCAUUCGUUCUACGGCUAUUGCAUUAAAAAAAGUUGAGCAGAUUCAAUCAUUAUUCGUAAAUGUCGUUAUUAAAGUGAACAAUCUGUUAUUAGAAUCCUAGUUUUAUUUUUAUUAAAUUUUAUUGCUUUUAUUAUUAUCACAACCAAUUAAACCUAGAUAUAUUCCUUAAAUUAUACCGUAUCAGUUAAUGAGUCAUUAAGAUUUAAAGGGGGUUUUAUGAUUUCUUCUAUCAGCUAUUUGCAUGUUGAAUUUCGUUUUCAACAUAUUUUACAAGUUUCAUUUGGGAAAUUUUAACUAAAAGCAUUUUAUUCAACUAACGAACCAAAAUAUCCGUUGCAGAAACUUUUCCUAUGCAUUUCACGUGGUAGCAUGAAAACUUUCAUUCAAGUAAUGUACCUGAAAUAUUUCAUGAUUGAAAUUUCAUUGCUACAUUUCAAUGCCGUUGCUGAAGGGAAGCCAUUGCCCUAUCGGUAUUCGCUUAUUUUAAAAGUUUUACAGUCAAUUUUUAUAUUGUCGAUUGUUCAUGUAUACGUAUCACAUAAGCUUUGUUUUUACAUUGAACAACGUAUUACAACUGUUUUAUUUCAAGAGGAUCAAUCAGUCACAUAAUCAAUACAUUUCUCCUUGCAACUACAAUCACCAUCGAAGUGCAAGAUGUAGGAAAAUAAAUGCUUUGCCUAGUUAACGGGAUAAGGUUUCAACAUUUUUUCAAGUUAAACGAAAAACUGGGCCAUUAUUUCCUCGCAGUGCAUCAAAAUGCAUUUACGAACGAAUGCCGUUGCCUUUUUUGAACUGGUAUAAUGACAGCUUGCAUUUGCCGGCACGAACAUUGCCGAAGUUUGACAGCUGUAACGAGCGCGCCAUCUCUUUCGCCGGCAUUUGUGAAAGGAAAACAUGUAAACAAACUUAUUUGGCUCAAAUCAUGUGUUCAGCGUUCACAGCUAGGUGGUUUAUAAUUUAACCGUGGUAAAACAAGGAAUUUCAUCCAUAAUUCCCUAAUAAAUCGAAGAAAGUUAAAUGUGAUCCAACCACAAUGGAGUUUACUGCUAAAGAAACGGUGCUAGAGCUGCUACAACGCUACGCCGUUGGACCUCGUGCAAAGGAUGAUGAGUUCUUUCGGGAUGGGAAUGCUUACAUCAAGCCUUUCGUAAAGUUGGGCGUUUUAAGUGAAUUCCCUGCAGCCGAAGCAGAACCGGAAGAUGUUGAGAUAAGCUGCAACGUUCCUGAUUGUAACUUUUUCUGCCAAUCCGUCGUCGAUUACGAGCUUCACUACAAUGCGCAGCAUCGCUAUACGUGUGCACAGUGUAAAAAAUCGCUUCCGAAUGCACAUUUUCUCGAUCUGCAUCUGUCCGAGACUCACGACUCAUAUUUCGCAGCACAAGUACAAGCAGCCAACCGUCCGAUGUACGCCUGCUACCUAGAGGAGUGUAAACAUCGCAGCAAAGAUCCGGCCGAGCGUAGAGAUCAUUGCAUCCGGGAGCACAAGUUCCCCCAUAACUUCCGCUUCGAUAAGCAAACGCACAGCCAAUCGAAGGCAGGUAAAUCGACCAAAACAGCCGUACCGAUGGACACGGAAAAUGUCACUUCUCCCAUUUCAAACACUUCCCUCGAGGGCGAUAAACCGUUUGCACCGAAGUGUAGGAAAAAUUUCUCCUUCGGUCAUCCCCAGCAGCGUACGUUUAAACCGGUAGUGAAAACGCAAAAGAGCAAGUGUGAUAUACUGGAAAGUAACAAAAUGGUGGUCGAUCUGCUGGACAGUCUUCCGCGCGAUUAAAUCUCGGGCAAAAAAAAAAGCAAACAGGGCUUUAAAGGUUUAAAAAGUGAUUUUCUUUGCGCUCACUAUGUUUCUCGUUGUGUGGUAGCAACUCAAUAAGUUAGGUAAAGUAAAUGAAAUAAAUAAUAUGAAUUAAAAGUGCAGCUGCGGUGCACGUUUCAGUACGUAGCCCUUGCUAGGCUUCGUUAUCCAGA